AUGGCCAGUCAUGAAUCUGCUGAUGAUGUGAUUGAAAAGGUCGAUGAAAUGAUCGAUUUAAUUUCAAAAUUUAGAUCAUCAGUACAUACAAUAUUUACGGAAUUAAAUCCGCAUAAUCGUACUCUUGUUUCUCAUCAAGUUUCCGUACCAAAUAUUAUAAAGGAAGAAAAUCCAGAGGCAUCACACAGUGAGCCUACACCAUACCGAACUCAUAUAUCAUCAUGUUUUCAACAUGCAUCAUCUUAUUUAGCAAAAUUAAAGGAUUACCAAAAAGUUAAUUUAACCAGCUCUAAAUAUUCAGGCUUGAAGACAAUAUUGAAUGGAAGUGUGGAUCGUCAAGGAGUUGAUAAAUUAAAAUCCAAAGUAGAUUCUACUUUACAAACACUAUCAAAGGAAAUUGAAAAGAAGAGAUAUGUAAGAGAAGAUCCUGGUGAUUUGGAAUUGUUCGAAACUCCAAGAAAGGAGAGAAUGAAAACUUCACCAAACUCUGUCAUUCACAAAAUUUCCAAGAGGGAUGAAUCAUCCUACAAGGACCCUCAAGAGUUACUUUCCGAAUUGAAAGACAAAUCUGGAAAAUUCCACAACUAUUUUAGUAUUGUAGAUCUUCUUAGUAUUCACAAGGAUGAUAAUCAUUGCUCGGUAUUUUUAAGGGUUACUGAUAUUAUGAUUGUCAAUAUUUUAUUCCGUGACAAUAUGACACCUUAUGAAGCAAAUGCCUUUUCCAUUCAUGAAAAUGUUUAUGAGACCUCAAUUUCAGAACAUAAGAUUUUCAGGCAAGUUAGUAAGACUUUCUGUCAAGCUCUUGAUUUUUACACUACCCAUCCAGUUUAUAAAGCCAUUCCAUUCCAAGCCUUUAUGAUUUACCUUUGUUUGUACAGAAAAUUAUUUAUGGAUAAAUGUUCUCAUAAGAAUUGUAAUUGUAUCAUGUCACCUCCACACAUUAUGGAUUUGCCUUACUUUAGAGAUUUUGAAACAGGUAUUGCCUAUCACAUUCAACAUAUUCCAGUUAAUAGAAGAGUUGACCUCAAUCUUCCAUUCACAUCAGAAUACAAGCAAAAAGAAAUCAAAAAGAAUACCGAGACGCCAUCUAUGAAUACACCAAUGAGUACAUCCAAUCAAACACCUCAAGUAAAUGAACUCUAA